GGGGCUGUUAUCUUCUUGAGCGAUGACAAUGGCGCCACUUGGUACUGUUGUAGGGGUCCGAGGCGGGCAGGAAGACCUACGAAGGGAGGACGUUCAGGACCUUCUUCCUCACGUCCGUCUUCGAAAGCGCUGGGACGGACUGGGUCAAGGAAGACAAGAAGGUCUCCCUUGACCUGCGUCUCUUCCAAGGAUACGGCGUCAAGGCUUUCUCCAUGAAAGCGUUUGACGUGCGUGGGGACGGAACUGAAUUCCGAAUGCUUUCUCCGGAAGAAUUUCUCAGCAAAACAAAUGUCAACCGCGUCACUGGUUGCCUUCCUGUUGUCGACAAUUCUUUCCGGAUGAGCAAACCUUUGGUCCAAUUCAACAGUCCGAUGGACCUGCUGCCAGGUGUGGUUAAGCGGUACAGGGAAGACUUCUCGAAGCUGCCGCCUGAUCAGCAAACGGACUGUGUUUUUUUGCCCUUCGAGGCGGGUUCCAAGAGCAGGCGACAAACGCCGUCCACGACGAAAGGGAAGACAAAGCAGUUGCCGGGUGGGCCGUCGGGCGCGAAUCUUCCCUCGCCCUCCGUGAGGGGAGGUCGUGAUUUGGCUCAAGGUUCAAGCGAGGCAACGGAGUUUGAUGACAGGCUUCUGCACCAGCGCAAUGUUGGCCGUGAGAAUUCCCAGGGCAGUGCAAUUGCCCUGGACGAGGACAACGACGAGGACGAGGAAGGAGGAAGUGCUGGGCUGCAUGACCACGACGGUAAUGAAGCAGAUGUGGAAGUUGGGGAUGACAACAUGGAGGACCAGGGCGGGGUUGCUGACGAGGACGCCGACACGCCAAUGCAUGGUCAUGACACCCCCCCCGCCGACGCUGUGGGAGCCGCUAUUGGUCAGCCCUCGACGUCCCCUGGAAUUUCGCUAUCGCACAGCAGGAGUAAGGGUGGGCACGACUCACAUGCAAUGCAAGGACCGAAGGCGAGGAAAAGAACAAGGGAGACUUCUCCGUCUGCUUCUACUCACAAGAGGCAAGCCAGGACUGACGCUGUUAAUGAGGCUCGUGGAGCUUUGACAGCGUCCCAGGAGGCGCGGCCUCCUCGGAAGAACAGUCAAGGGGGGCGAUCUGGGGGUCAAGGCGGUGGCCGUGGGGGCGGUGGCCGUGGAGGGGCGCGGAAAGGCUCCCAGAGGGUGAGACCACAAGAGCUGCGGGACUCGGGGGAUGAGGGCGAGGGAGUGGAUCCUCGCAUGCCCGAAGAUGCUGAUGAGCCGGUUCAGCGCGUCGCGCCAAUCGACACUACGCGUUGUUUCUUCCUCGAAUACGACGACCAAGACUUUGCUACGCAAGACGUUCAUGCUCUUCACGUGAACGUCAUGAGAAUCAAACACAUUCCCCGCGGAAGGAUUCUUUUCAACCACCGCUCGUUGUCUGAAAACAUUGUGCGACGCAUCGAAAAUGCCAUCCGAAGCUCCAUCAGCACGGACCCGGGGGCGUGGGAUAGGCCCGAGCUCGUGCUUGCGCCAGUUGACCGCAAUGACAUUGUCGGCGGCCAGGGAAGACGGAUCACGCCGACCGAAUUCUUGGAAAGGGACCCGGCAGAGUUCGACUGGUACGCUGUCUGUGGUGAGCAUCCCAUUGAGGCUAUGAAGAGAUUGGUCAGAAAGGGCUCCCUGGCAGUUAAAGUUUAUGACCUCAACGCGUACUCUAAGGUGCGGGUCGUCUAUUUCGGAGAUGAUCAAACACGAGGGUAUUUCAAUGUCUCCUGCUUCGACAACACACGCGAAAAUCGCUCCAUGAUGUUGUCAUUCGAGGACGUUGUCCGUGACAUCAGGCAAUGGUGGAUAGACAACAAUAGAAUCGAGGCCCCGAAAGCCAAGGUCAGCGAGAAGGUUGAGGUGGCCGUUGCACAUCGGAAGACGUGGCAGAACUUCUUGAGGGCCUGCAUGGGGAAGGCAUGCGACAAGGCGUUUGUAAAGCAAGCUCUCGAGAAUGAGUACAGUAAGGAUUGGAGAAAGCUGCCAGUUGGCAAUGGCAAAAUCCCGCUUGACAUGCCCGGGAGAAUGGAAGGCCGCCUGCCAGACCCGUACACCGACGAAACCAAGGGACAAAGAACAUUGUACCAUUGCAUAUAUGCAAUAGAUGGUCCCAAAGGCUCCACCGUGUCGUGGAAGGAUCUUUGUCCUUCCUACUUCAAAAAUUUUGGGGAUUUGACUUGUCGUGAGAGGGAAGUUGCGUUGCUCCUGCUCAUGAAAGGGAAGGUGGUCGCAACGAACGUCAAGGUCUUGCCUCCAAGAGUGAACACAGAGUGCCUCCUCGACAUCAUGCGAAAGGAGCGGUACAUGGUGCUUAUGUUCAAUUAUGUUCUGUUCCGCGCCGAGGGAAGGGCGGACGACGAAUGGAACGACGCGUUCUUCAUGUCGUACAAGGACCUUGAAGACAGGUAUGGGCCAAACGGUCUGUGCGCUGCUGAAUGGGAGAAGGAACGGGACAAGUUACAUGUCAAUAAGGAGGCUCCGUUUCACCUUAAGGUCGUCAUAUACACUGCAAUCGAUAAGCUCGAUUUGCUUCGCGCCGAGGUGAAACGGAUCGCCUCCAGCGCGCGUCAUAUUGUGUGGGACAAGAUUGGCAAACAAACGAAGUUGCUACCUGUGUGCAUGCCAUCGAAGGAAGUGUUGGCAGCGCCAGACGACAUCGUCGCUGCAGCGCAAAAAAUGACAUGCAGGGCCGCCAUCGUGGACAUCCCAUCCUCGAACUUCAGCACAGCGUGGACCUCUCACGAAUUUGAUGCCUUGCACACAUUGAUGACCAAGUGUUGUGGCCAGAAUUGGGUCCUUUUCUUCUUUGCGCCGCAGAAGGUGCAAAGCGAUGUUCUGCGUCACUUGUUCCGCUGGGAGGACGUCGAAGUCAUCCCCAGGACCUGGAAACGGGUGGACAGGCCACCGAACGACAUCACACGAUACGACAAUAUGGCUACGACGAGUCGAGAUAUGAUGGUCAUUGUCCUGCACGCCGACGGAGGGGAUCUGAAAAAAGUAACUGUCAAACCGCAACUCCACAACGACCUCACAACCGUGCACGUUGUGGAGGAGAAGUUCAGGAAGUGUCAAGGUAAACACGGUGGGAUAGAGGGCGAUGAUAGUGCGGUGUAUUCCAUCUGGGAGCGAGAGCCUGGAAAGUUACAUUCAUUGUGCGGGUCAUUUGUCGGAGAGGAGGAAGGUGUGCUUUUGUUGGGUAGAGCACACGCAGGUCUUGUGUGGGAGUUAUUACUGGCAGGUAAUAAUGUCCUUGUCUGCGACGAGUCGGCCAAGGACAUUGCAUAUCUGACAAAGUUCGUUGAUAUACUUGUGAAGGAUGAGAGAUUCGCCUGUCAUGUCGAGAAGCCACGUUGCAAACAUCGUAGCAACAGGGACAUGUUCCACAAGUUGGGACGCAAGAGACUGAAGGUGUGGGAAUACCUGUUCCGCGAUGCGCCGCAAGGACGGCUUGACGGGAAUUACAUCUACAGGAAAGCAAAGGUGACAGAGACCCUGAAACAUUAUCACGGUGCUCUUACUGGUGCCUUUGAGACUUUUGUCGCUCGAUGCGAGAUCCUGAAGUUCGAUCUUCAUAAAGACGAGCUGAUGUCCAAGGACUACGCUGACCUCGCGAAAUCGGGUGACGGCUUUAACCCCGUCGACAGCGAGGAAGACUCUUCGGGGUCCGACCUCGAAUUGGGCGAUGGCAAGGGUGGUGAAGGUCCGGGCGGUGGCAUGGUGCGGUCACACGAUGAAGGGACCUUUCGCUCGCAUGAAAGACCCGUACAGGUGGCCGCCCCCAGUGUUGGCUCGAUGGUGGCCCCCAUGGAGGGUACCGAUUUGCCAAACAUGGGAAUAUGUGCGCACCAGGCGAUCCAAUUCCUCCCGGCUAUUGUGCUGAUCCGACCACAAUUUAUUUCUUGGGGGGAAAACACGCCCGCACUGUUAGAGUACAGUUGGAAAUUUUACGCCCUGCGAACGAGUCCCUCAUGUGGGUCAAUCGACUGGAAGGUCAAUCAAACUAUCGGAACGAUGGAGGAGAGCAGCUCUCAGGAUGCCGUGCCUUUGUCGGCAUCGCCCCCCGUACCCACGCAGGCAGGGCAGAGGGAGGAUGACGGGAGUAAUGUGGUGAAGACUCAAGAGGUUCACAUGACGUCUAUGCCGCAAAUCUCCGUCAACACGACAGAACCGUCCAAACGCAUGGAUGUGUCAAAUGCAUUGUCGUCAGAUGCAGGUGCCACGUACGGGAGUUUAUUACUGACAUCCGCCGCAUUAGAAGGCACAUCCGAAAUGCAGUCAGAGUCAUGUGUUGGCCUGAGCGUGCCGGGCAGUCAGUUGCAACCGGAGUUAUGCACAGGCAAAGGUGAUGCACAAGUACAUCUGACACCAUAGGGAGGGGCCGUUGCGGAUGGUGGGAAGGGAGAGGAUGUGGAAAGAAUCCUCCAUCCUCGCAAUCUUGAGACCUUAACCGAUG